UCCGCAAUUCAUCAACUCAUCAAUUCAUCAUCAACAGUUCAACACUCAUCAGCCAGCCACCACCAGCAGCUCCUACCAUCGCCGAACUCCUCUCCUCGGCCAGAGCUCACCGACGCCGUCGGAAUUUGACUGACAGAGGGUGCCGUCUCCGAACGUCUCUGCCACUCACCCUCUUCUCCUCGCCGUGGAAUCUCUGCUCGGAGCUCUUCUCGUUGCCGUCGCGAACUGCUCCUGCUCGGCUGUCGUCUCCUCACCGUAACGAGCUCUGUUCCCGGCGUCUCUCUCUUCAAGCUCUCUCGCUAUCUCUACGAGGUCACUGUCAGCGCCGUGUUCCUCCGAGCUCACUCUGUCACCGCCGUUCCUCCCUUGGCGUCUCACCGAGAUGUCUGUGGUGUGCCUCAUUUUUCUUUGGACCUGCAAGUUGCCGUGCAGACUAGAGAUGCUGCUUUGAUGAACUUGAAAUUGAUGUGAGCAUGUUGUCUCAGUUGUGGCCUCCCCAUAUUCACACAGCCUCCUUUCUCUUGCCUGAGCUUCACCGGCCUCGUCGUUUUCUUCUGCUGUCGAGCAAUGCAUAUAGACGUACACCUACCUUUCACUUUCGAUUAGAAAGGAGAAGAAAACCAGGACCAAGACGAGGCAGCAGCAUUUGUUGUUGUUGUGGUUCUGCCUCUGAGUGGGAACUUAAGGAAGCAGGUAUAGCCGUGUCAACUUUCCUUCAAGGAUUAGGGGUGUCAGAGGAGGAGUCCGUAUCCAUCGCAUCCAAGUCACCCUCUUACUCCAACAUGUUGGUGGAGAGUGUCAGGGAUUUGGACCAACACUCCAUGUGGAAUUCCGAUUCGGCCUCCUUGGGCUUCAGGGAAAAGCUUCUUCACAUUGCCUCCGUCAAAGGUGACAAUGGAAAACUCCCUUACUUUGAGAGUCUCGGCUUCACUCACUCUUCAUCUAUCACUCUUGCUAGGUAUCUCUCCUCUCAGAACCUCCCAUCCCUCAUGCACAAGGUUGCAUCCAUCAAGGACCUCUUCUUUUCUCAUCAAGCUGAUCACCUCCUCAUCAACAACAUUCGUCGCAUGAUGCUCCACCUGUCCAUUCCAAUCGACGAUGAUCUACAACAUAUUCUCUCCUUCUUUGAGAAGCUUGAAGCCAGGCGUGGAGGCUUAAAUGUCUUGCUCUCUGACAAAGACACUGCCUUUCGCCAUUUGAUUGAUUCCUUUCCUCGUUUACUUUCACUCUCACUGGAUAACCACAUCGUUCCUAUUAUCGAUUUUCUCCACAAUAUUGGAGUUCCCAGAGUUCACAUCACAACCAUAAUACUCUCUUUUCCGCCUAUUCUGUUCUGGAAUAUUCAACUCCUUAAAGCUAGACUCCUCGCCUUGAAACAGAUUCAUGUGGUGGAUAAAGAUUAUAUCAAGUUGUUGAUCAGAUAUCCUUGGGUUCUAUCUACAAGCAUUCAAGAGAACUAUGAGGAGGUUCAUGGAUUUUUUCUUUCUGAGAAGGUUAGAAAGAUAUGUAUUGACUCUGCAAUCAGAGGCCAACCAUACCUGUUGGGUUGUUCAACAAGCAAGCUGAAGUCGAUGCUGGAUCAGUUGGCUGAUCUUGGAGUUAAGGGAAAUAAGUUAGAUAGAGUUAUUGCUAGAAGCCCGCAGCUACUAUUGCGGAAGCCCAGAGAUUUUCUACAGGUUGUUCUGUUCUUUGAAAAUAUGGGCUUGGAUAGAGAAAUUGUUGGGAGAAUUCUUUCUCGCUGCCCAGAAAUUUUCGCUGCCAGCAUCAAUAAAACUCUUAAGAGGAAGAUUGAAUUCCUUUCUGGGGUUGGCGUUUCGGAAGCAUAUCUUCCUGGGGUAAUCAGAAAGUAUCCGGAAUUACUUCUAACGGACACUGAUAAAACCAUACUGCAUCGGCUGAUGUACCUGAUGAAGUUAGGACUUUCGGAGAAAGAGAUUGGGUUUAUGGUGCGCACGUUUUCUCCGCUCCUCGGGUACAGUAUAGAGGAGGUUUUGAGGCCAAAAAUAGAAUUCUUGGUGAAGUCGAUGGGGAGGCCGGUACGAGAAGUUGUCGAUUACCCUCGGUAUUUUAGCUAUUCAUUAGAAAAAAAGAUAAAGCCAAGAUACUUUGUACUCAAGGGAAGGCACAUUGAAUGUAGUUUAAAGGAUAUGCUGGGAAAAAAUGAUGAGGAAUUUGCUGCAGAAUUUAUGGGUGUGGGUCUUGGAGGGAUGCUUGACCCUCCUCUCUGUUCUGAGAAUGUGUUGUAAGUAUCAUACAUCCUUUCCUAGUAUUUUUUCUGGGAAAUUCAUCUCAUCACAAGCAGAUUCUUUGAU